CUUUCGUUGAUGGGAUUGGUGUGAUGUAAUGCAUACAGUGAUUUGCAUGCGAGAGAGAUUAAUUAUUAAUUAUUAAUAAUUAACGGGUUUUGCUCCAGUUGUUUGUGUGGUGGAGUGGAUUGGGAAUAGCAAAAAGAAACCCAUACUUGCUUCACCUUUGAAGAAGACGUAAUCAUGAUCGUUUAACUUUCCCAUUUUCCCCGUUCCAAACCAAAAGCUAAUGAAGAUUCUCUGUUUUUUUAUUGGUUUGAUUAUUGAUUAUUGUGAUGGUGAUUAGCACAGAGACAGCACCGGCUUUUUAAUUCUCUCUCUCUUCUGCUCAUAUGACUCACGAAUGGUGUGUUUAAUGCCACAUUCAAUCUGUUCUUGGUGGGACGUCCCCACACACAAUAGAUGUUGUUUGUUUGGGCGUCUUCAUUGCUCUUUCGCUAUUGUCUGAUGCUCUAGGUUAUUUGUAAGCUAGCAGAAAAGCCACAAUGUCAGGUGUCAAUGGCCGCUCUUCUUCUUCCUCUUACGCUUCUCCUUCACAGCAUAAUUCUCCUAGAGUCCUUGAUACUGGGCUUCUUCAAAAUAUAUUCAGCUCAUCACCCAGACUCUCCUCCUCCCGCGCGAAUCCUAUAAACUGCACACCCAUUAUUUGUUCAUCUACUCUUGAUCUGAUCGUGCAAUUGGAGAGGAGAUUGCAGGACCAAGAUUCCCUGUACUGGGAUUCUAAGAACGCAGUGGGUUGCAGUUCCGCGAAAUCUACUCCUUCCAAUGCUCCCCAAAGACAAAAGUCUUCUGCAGACCUGAGGCAAGAGAUAGCUAUGCUCGAGGAUGAAAUUGUGCGUUUGGAGCACUAUCUUCUCUCACUCUAUCGGUCUGCCUUUCAGGAACGCAUGCCCUCAUUUUCAAAUGUUACUGGAUCACAGUUAUCAUUUGAGACAUCAUCACCGGCAUCUGUCAUGGCUAAUCAAGUAUGCUGUGAUCUGGAGCCAUGUCGGAAGAAAGGUGGCUUUGAUUGUCAUGUUCAGUCAUCCCCGGCUUAUGAUACAGUCCUUUUAGAUGGUCAGAGUUUCUGUGCUGGUUUAAAGAAAACUUCUUCGGGGCAUUUACAGGGUCGGGAGAGAACUGAUUCUGGUCAUCGCAUCCUUGCUGAUUACCUUGGUGCUUCUCACAUGCUUAGCGACCUUAGUACUCCAGAUAGAAUCUCAGAAGAAAUUGUGAGAUGCAUAUCGUCUAUAUACUGCAAGCUCUCUAACACCUCACAAAGCAAUGCGGGCAUACCAACUUCUCCCAUCUCGUCAUUUUCUUCCUCGAGCAUAUUUUCUUCUAAUAAUCCCUGUGAUAGUUGGAGCCCGCUUUGCAGUGAGGAUGCUACCAUGAAUCUACGGUUUAAAGAGUUGAAAGAAGUGAAUAGACCCCCUGCUGCAAACAUAGAAGUUCUAAAGAUAUGCAUAGACAAUGAUAAUUUCAAUUAUGCUGCUACUAUGCUACAAAAUUUCAGGUCUUUGAUUAGGAAUCUUGAGCUGGUUGACCCAAGGAAGAUGAAGCGUGAAGAGAAGCUUGCAUUCUGGAUCAACAUUCACAAUGCCCUGGUGAUGCAUGCACAUUUAGCAUAUGGAACUCGUAAUCGAUCAAAAAGUAACUCAAUUUUGAAGGCAGCAUACCAUGUUGGUGGACAUUCUGUUAAUGCCUAUGUCAUCCGGUGCUCCAUUUUAGGCAUUAGACCAAAUAACCCAGCACCGUGGGUACAAUCGCUAUUUAACCCGGGGAGAAAAUUUAAGAUAGGGAGCACCAGACACGCAUUUGCCUUAGAAUACCCGGAACCACUUGUUCAUUUUGCCCUCUGUUCUGGUGCCUACUUUGAUCCAGCGGUUCGAGUUUACACAGCAAAGACCAUCUUUCAGGAUCUCAGACGUGCCAAAGAGGAGUUUAUUCAAGCUAAUAUGUACAUCCACAGUGGGACAAAGGUGUUUUUACCUAAGAUUAUUUACUACUUUUCAAAGGAAAUGUCACUCGACAUGGCUGGAGUCUUGGAGAUGAUAUCGGAGUGCCUGCCAGACGCACAGAAGAAAGCUUUCAGAAAAUGCAUAAAGGGUAGGCAUGACAAGUGCAUUCACUGGUUGCAACAGAAUUCAAAUUUCCGGUACGUCAUCCAUGAAAACUUGGCAAGUCAGCGAAUCAACUUUUGAUCAACUUCAGUAGAGGAUAGAUGGUGGAUUCACUUGGGUGAAGAAGAAUUAAUUGUAUGAUAAGGAGUACAGAAAUAUUAGCAAGAAGAAUGUAAACAUGUUUUUAUCCAGCAGGAUGAGCUAGGAAUUCUCCUCCAUAAUGUUUGCUCUUGUGCUUUGUUUGAGAAAUUUUUAUAGAAAUUGGUUUUGAACGAGGAAUAAAAGUUUCAAAAUGUAAUAUAUUUAGUU